CGGGUUUUACGAGGUUAGUACGGAAGUGCUGCCGAAAUUAUGCGGCGGCAACGCGGGUUUUACGGGGGUAGUACGAAAAUGCUGCUGAAAUUCUGCGGCGGCGACGAGGGGUUUUCGGCGGUGGUACGGAAGUGCUGCCGAAAUUCUGCGGCGGCAACAAAGGUCUUACGGCGGUGGUGCGGAAGCGCUGUUGAAACUCUGCAGCGACGACGCAGGUCUUACGGCGGUGGUGCGGAAGCGCUGUCGAAUUUCUGCGGCAGCGGCACUGAUUUUAACGACGGCGGUGCGAAAGCGCUGUCGAAACUCUGUGGCGGCGGCACUAAGUUUAACGGCAGUGGUGCGGAAGCGUUGUUGAAACUUUGCGGCGGCGGCACUAAGUUUGACGGCGGUGGUGGGGAAGCGCUGUCGAAUUUCUGCGGCGGCGACACUGAGUUUAACGGCGGUGGUGCGAAAGCACUGUCGAAACUCUGCGGCGGCAACACUAAGUUUAAUGGCGGUGGUGCGGAAGAGCUAUCGAAUUUCUGCGGCGACGACGCUGGGUUUGUCAGCGGUGGUAUGGAAGUGCUGCAAAAAAUUUUCAACGACAGCACAUGAUUUACGUUAGUGUCGAUGGUAUUUUUGGGUUGAGCAACAACUAGGCAUUGGCGCAAUGAAGGUGCCGCUAGAGU